ACUAUGGCAGAGUUUGAAGUUAAUACAGGAGUCAAUGAAGAUUCUAAUGAAGAACAACUCAGUGCAGAUAAGCAACCACAAGCAGCUGAAAGCACAGCAGAUGAUUUACCAACACCCUCACAAGAGCCUCGUAAGACCCAUAGAGUCCGUAAGUUAACGGAGAAGGGCCAAGAGCUACACGAUGAGCAAAUAAAGAAAGCUACAUAUCGUUUCAGUGUGAGCUAUGAGAAGUGGAAAGCUAUUAUCAAGGAUGCUCAAAAGGCUAUAGAUGGUCAAUGCUCAAAGGAUCUGCUGCAAGAACAUGUUGCUGAAGUAACAAAUGCUGUAAAUAAUGUAAAUGUUGCCUAUGUUGAGUUGAGACGCAUUGAAUCUCCUGAUAAUGACACAAGACGUAGAAUGGACACGUGUGAGGCAGUAACAAGAAAAUUCACAGAUGCUGCAGAAUGUUGCCCAAGCCAAGCAAAGGUGGAUAGUCUAAGGUAUGAACAAAUAUGGAAAGAGACAGACUCUGUAUUCAAAUCAACAGCCUCAGACAAAACAAGUGUCAAGUCACACUACUCUAAGCUUUCAUCUCAUUCAAAGGUCUCCUCCAGACACUCCAGCAGACACUCUGCUAAGACACAAGAUGCAGCUGCUGAAGUUGCUGCCAACGAGGCCACCUUGCAAGUUCUACUAGAACAAGAAAAUCACAUUAAAGAAAUUGAAAGACAAGAAGCAGAAAUUGCACAAAAACAAAGAGAGCUAGAAGCAAAACGCAGAGAGGUAGAGCGGCUAGAAACUGUCAAAAAGCUAAACGCAGCUAAGGCACGACAGCAAGUAUAUGAACGGAGUGAAUGUUCAGAUGCUGAAAUUUACAGCCUGCUUCAUCACAGUUCUGACCAAGAAAAAGAAGUUAAGCCUAAAAACAAUGACUCACCCACGAAAAUGUGCUUCUCACCACAAGUUGUAAUCCCUCCACAAGAACUUAACGCAACCGAUCUGGUCAAAACAUUCGCAGAGAUUCUUAAUGCAAGUCGUCUUCCUGUUCCAGAGCCAACUGUCUUCAGUGGAAACCCGCUUAGAUACAGUGAUUGGAAGAUCUCCUUUCAGACACUUAUUGACAGAAGAAGUAUCCCUGCUGAAGAAAAAAUUUAUUACCUGCGAAAGUAUGUUGGUGGAGCAGCGAAGAAAGCAAUAGAAAGUUACUUUCUACUUGGCUCGAAGUCAGCCUACAAUGCAGCAUGGACAGUGCUUGAAGAGAGGUAUGGCGAUCCCUUCAUCAUAGCAAAAGCUUUCAGAGACAAACUCGCGGCAUGGCCGAAGGUAAACUCCAAAAGCAGUGUAGAACUACAAGAGUUUGCUGAUUUUCUUUGCAGUUGUAGAGCAGCUAUGUCACAGAUCAAAGGACUCCAAGUGCUUGAUGAUUGCAAUGAAAACCGAAAGAUGCUUGCAGAACUUCCAGACUGGCUGGAGGUGGAAUAGAAAGGCUACAGAAGUGCAAGAAAAGAGUCACACAUUUCCAAGCUUCAGCCAUUUUGUAGACUUCAUCUCACGUGAAGCAAAAAUCGCAUGUAACCCCAUAACUUCCCUCUAUGCUCUUAAACCAAGUGAAAGCGAAAAGACAAGGACACCAAAGGACAGAAGCCACGGUGCAAAGGUCCUGGCAACUAAGUCAAAUGAAAGGGCAAAUGCAAGUUGUGUCUAUUGUGAGAAGGCAGGACACAGCCUAUUGAAGUGCUGGAAAUUCGCCAAUGAGAGUAUUAAUGAGAGGCUAAAGUUUGCACAAGAGAAGAAAUUAUGCUUUGGCUGUCUGAAAUCUGGCCAUCGCUCCAAGGAUUGUGAAAGUAGAGAAACGUGUGACACGUGAGAGGAAGCAUCCAACAUGUCUCCAUGACAAUCGAACUAAAGAAGAGAGAACUCAGAAAAGAGAUUAUAAAUCAAAGAGCAGUGAUAGGACAAAGCAAAGAAACCCAGAUAGCUUACAACAAAACAACAAUGCUACACCACCAACAAGCGAAGCAAUGUCUAAUAGAGUUAUGCAGAAUGUUAGAGACACUCACACAUCCUCCAUCAUUCCAGUAUGGGUGUCAGCUGAAGGUGAGCCAGAGCAUGAAGUUCUUGUGUACGCACUCCUUGAUACGCAGAGUGACACAACGUUCAUCCUUGAAGAAACGGCAAAGGCUCUGCAUACUACAGGUGAAUGUGUUCAGCUAAAGCUUACCACAAUGUCCUCAAGAAACCAAGUUGUGUCCUGUCGCAAGCUCUCUGGUUUACAGGUACGAGGAUUUUACUCAAGCAAGAUUGUUCCUCUACCAGUAACAUAUGCAAGAGACUUUAUACCAGCAAAUCGAGAUCAUAUUCCAACACCUGGAACAGCUAAGGCAUGGCCUCAUCUUGAGCACAUUGCAGAUGAAAUCACUCCACUUCAAAGUUGUGACGCUGGCCUUUUAAUAGGUUACAACUGCCCUCAAGCACUCGUUCCCCGUCAAGUUGUGCCUGGUAAAGAAAAUCAGCCCUUCGCACUAAAAACUGAUUUGGGACGGAGCAUCGUGGGAUUUGGCAAUCCAUGUCUUGAUUAUGGAGAUACUUUUGGAGUAAGUCACCAAGUCAUUGUGAAACAAGUGGUGCCAAACAUUCAAACCUCUUCAAGCCUUACCAGUGAAGUUCACUAUGUCUACCGAACACAGAUAAAGGAAAUGGUCUCACCUGCAGAUGUUAUCAAAUUGUUGGAGUCGGAUUUCGUCGAAAGAGCAACAGAAGACACAAAGGUUUCUCAAGAAGAUCUUAGAUUUCUUACAAAAAUGAAGGAAGGCAUUAAGCACAAAGAGGAUGGUCAUUACGAGAUGCCACUCCCGUUCAAGAGUGAAAGGCCUAACCUGCCAGAUAACAAAGCAUGUGCCAUUCAUCGUCUCAAAUGCUUGGAAAGAAAGCUGAGGAGAAAUGAACAGUACUAUAUAGACUACAAGAAGUUUAUGGAAGAAAUUAUUGCUCAUGGAGAUGCAGAAAAGGUCCCAGAGCAAGACAUUGACAAGACACCGGCUUGGUACAUCCCACACCAUGGGGUGUACCAUCCUCAAAAGCCUGGGAAGAUUUGUGUUGUCUUCGAUGCCUCCGCCAAAUUUCAAGGAACUUCAUUAAAUGACCAUCUCCUGACUGGCCCAGAGCUGACAAAUACCCUGCUCGGAGUCUUGUGUCGUUUCCGAAGAGGUCCAGUGGCAUUUAUGUGUGAUAUUGAGCGCAUGUUCCACCAGUUUCACGUCUGUGUCAGUGAUCAAGAUUACCUAAGAUUCUUAUGGUGGGAGAAUUGUGACCUUAACACUUCAUUUGCUGUCUAUCGGAUAAAAGUACACCAAUUUGGUGCGGCUUCCUCCCCAGGUUGUGCUAAUUACGGCCUCAAGCACCUGGCAAUGGAAGGAGCUAAAAGUUUCAUUGCGGAAACCAUCAAGUUCAUUAAGACCAACUUUUAUGUUGAUGAUGGAUUGGCAAGUGUUGACACUGAAGAUCAAGCGAUACAGCUCGUCAGCGAAGCACGCCAACUCUGCGGUACAGGCAGACUUCGGUUGCACAAGUUCAUCUCCAAUAGCACCAAAGUUCUAGCCUCACUUCCAAAGGAAAAAUGUGCUGUAGCUGCUAAGGAUCUGAACAUGGUGCUCAGUGAAGUACAUAUAGAGAGAGUGCUUGGCGUACAAUGGUGCGUAGAAUCCGAUGAGCUCCAGUUUAGGGUUGUUGUUAAAGAAAAUCCACUCACACGCAGAGGAGUAUUGUCCACAGUCGCUUCUGUGUUUGAUCCACUUGGAUUUGUCUCGCCAUUCAUCUUGCUGGGGAAGCAGAUCUUACAACAGAUGUGUCAAGAUAAGCUCAGCUGGGAUGACACCCUACCUGACAGUCUUCGACCCCAGUGGGAAUCCUGGCUGCUCAACCUGAGAAACUUGGCAGAUGUAAAGAUUCAAAGAUGCUACACUCCUUCAGACUUCAAGGCCCAGCAUUACGAGCUUCAUCAUUUCUCUGAUGCAAGCACGUCUGGAUAUGGUAUGUGCACCUACCUCAGAGUAGUAAGCGAGUCUGGUGAAGUUCACUGUUCCUUGGCGAUGGGAAGAUCAAGAGUUCCACCAUCGAAAGUAACAACCAUACCACGGCUUGAGUUGUCAGCGGCAGUAGUUGCUGUCCGCACCGCUGAUAUGCUGAAAAAGGAACUGGAAGUUGAAGUCGCACAAGAAACAUAUUGGACAGACUCUAAGGUUGUACUCGGAUACAUCAGCAAUGAAGCCAGAAGAUUCCAUGUGUUUGUUGCAAACUGUGUAGAACGCAUCAAACAAAGUACAGAGAACACACAAUGGAGGUACGUGGCUUCAGAAGAAAAUCCUGCAGACCACGCCUCGAGAGGUCUUACAGCUGAACAACUUCUAGCCUCAAACUGGUUUAGUGGCCCAGACCUUCUCUGGCAGAGAGUCAUAACCAGCGGUGAAAUCAAGGUGGGAGAGCUAUCAAGCAGUGACCCAGAAGUCAAGAAAGUUCAGGUUCACAAGACACAAGCUGAAGAACAAAGGUCACUUUUAGAUCGCCUACACAAGUUUUCCGACUGGUCAAGAAUGAUUAAAGCCAUCGCCAGACUCAAGCGCCUUGUGAGAGAAGUAAAUGACCAAAGAUCUAAAGAUCCAAAGAUGCAAAGAUCCAGUGAAGUAAGCGAUCUACAAGAGAGAAAAGAAGCAGAGUCAACAAUCAUAAAAAUGGUUCAAGAAAAGGCAUUCGCUCAAGAAAUACAAUCUCUUCGGCAUCACAAAGCCAUUCAAGACAAAGUAAAGAAGUUACAAAAGUUCUGUCCAUUCCUGGACGACCAAGGCAUCCUUCGAGUCGGUGGACGUUUAACACAUGCAGCUCUACAUUUCAAUGUCAAGUAUCCUGUAAUCCUGCCAAGAGACAGUCAUGUGUCAGCAUUACUGGUCAAGCAUUAUCACGAGAAAACAUACCAUCAAGGACGAGGAAUCACCAUGAAUGAGCUUCGUGCUAACGGAUAUUGGAUUCUUGGAUGCAGCAAGGUUGUUUCAUCUCAUAUCUACAAAUGCACAAAAUGCAGAAGGUUCAGAAGAUGUCCUGAGCAGCAAAGGAUGGCAGAUCUUCCAGAGGAGCGUAUGGAAACCACACCGCCAUUCACUUACUGCGGAAUGGACUGCUUUGGUCCCUUUUAUGUUAAGGAAGGCAGAAAGGAGUUAAAGCGCUACGGCUUGUUAAUCACAUGCAUGUGUUCCAGAGGAGUACACAUCGAGAUGCUUGAUGACCUCACCACUGAUGCCUUCAUAAACGCCCUACGUGCAUUCAUCUCUAUCAGAGGCGCAGUUCGCCAGAUAAGAUGUGAUCGAGGCACAAAUUUCAUUGGUGCAAGAAAUGAGUUUGUUGAAGCACACAAAGAAAUGGAUCAAGGUAAGCUUGGAAACCUGGAAAUUGAGUUUCUCAUGAACACUCCUUCGUCAAGUCAUAUGGGUGGUGUCUGGGAAAGACAAAUUCGCACUAUAAGAAGUGUGCUAACUUCAAUCUUGGAGCAAUCAGCCAAACAACUUGACAGCUCCUCGCUAAGGACAUUCCUGUAUGAAGUCAUGGCAGUGAUAAACAGCAGGCCACUGACCACAGACCAACUUUGUGAUCCGUCAAGCCCGGAACCUUUGACGCUGAAUCACAUACUGACCAUGAAAUCCACAAUCAUUUCCCCACCCCCAGGAAAGUUUGUGCAGGAAGAUCUUUAUCUCCGCAAAAGGUGGCGUUGUGUUCAACUCCUCACCAAUACAUUCUGGACAAGGUGGAAAAGGGAGUAUUUGUUGAAUCUACAAGGCAGACAAAGGUGGAUAAAGGAACAUAGAAAUGCCAAAAUCAAUGAUAUUGUCCUUCUACAAGAUGAGAUAGCUUCACGGAACCAGUGGAAGUUGGCAAAAAUUAUUGACGUGUAUCCUGGAAAGGAUGGAAAGGUGAGGAAAGUGAAGAUGCUUGUGAGUGCUGCAAACCUGGAUGAAAAGGGAAAACGGAUCUCCAAACCUGUUCAUCUGGAGAGACCCAUUCAUAAGACGGUUGUUCUGUUAGAAGCUGAUUAAAGAUGCCCAACUUCACUGCCAAAAUAUAGGAAUAAAUAGUUCAUAAUUAAUUUACUCAACUUAAAGACAUAAAAGGUUAAUUCAUAAGCCAUUCACUAGUUCAUAAAUAAUAAUUUGUUCUUUAAAAAUCACAAGUGAUUUGGUGGAAGUGUAACAGUCUAUCUUUCUUUCCUUUACUUUUGCGCUAUUAAGUGUUAAGGUAGACGGAACAAUUAUGUUCAUAUUUUUUUGGUUCCGCCCGACCCUUAAUUGGCUGCGCACCAAGUUAGAAGAGGCUGCAACAGCGGCACCUGUAGCAGUUCUACAGAUCUAAUUCAAAGCAAGGAAGAAUAUUUAGCCCCUCGUGGAUGUCAGCUCACGAGGUUUGUCCAAGUUUAUUUGUGUACUUUCUAUUUUAUUGUUUUAUUAUUUCACAAUGCUAUGUUUUAAUAUGUAUUCUGUUGUGUUCGUUUUUUGUGACCAGUUCUCACGGGUUGCCAAGAUCAUAAGGAAUAAACCCCGUUUUUUUUAACUACAUCGUGUCUAAGCUAAAUCCUUGAGGGUGCUACAGAGAGCAUGCUAGCAACGACUUCAACUAGCGCCCUUGGAAAGCGGAAUGAGUUUUCACGGUGUUUAUGGUGCGUGAGAAGAACGAGAGGGAAAUAAAAGGACACCCGUUUGAAA